AUGUCGGCUCCCCGAACGAAGCGCCCAUUCGCAGGCGCCUCGGCCGACCCUUCCCAGCGCCAAAUCACGUCCUUCUUCCCCCGGGCAGCCGACGACGCCGCGCAGCCUGCCCCCCGCCAGCCGCUGCUGCCGUCCAGCGUCCAGGCCAACCUGCUGAGCGUGGGCAUGCGGGUCCGCAAGUCCGUGCCGGAGGGGUACAAGACGACCGGCACGAGCGCGUUCAAGCUGUGGACGGAUAACACGGCGGUGGCGCCGCGCGCGGCCGCCAUGCGGGCGGCGUCGCGGGAGCUCCUCCCCUUCUGCGGCAUCAACAAGGUCGGCGGGCUGGACGCGCAGCCCCCGUGCCCAGACGACCAGGAGGAGGGUGUGCAGCCCGUCCCGGGGCUGGAUGACGUGCCCGGGCUGACCAUGUCUCAGGAGAGCGUGGACAGCAAUGCGCCAGAGCCGUCGCGGAAGCGCGUCCAUGUUGAAAACGAGCCGGACGACAGCCCGACCAUGCUGGCCGCGCCGGGGAAGGGCUGGGACGAGCAAGUUAGUCCGCGGAGCCUUGGGCCCGCCCAGUGGUGUGGUUCGCGGGUCAUGGCCGUCCCGAGGGCUCGUGCUAGGAGGCCCGGUUCCAAGGACGUCGACCAGGAGAACAUGGCCACUGGCGAGGACUUUGGGGAGGCCGACUUUUUCGUCUUUAAGGAAGGCCGAGACACGGAGCCGUCUUGGCAAUGA